ACGGGGUUGGUCGUCCGCGGUGCAAGUUUUGGUAGGAAGAAGAAGUACAUAGAGCACACAGCAGCUGUUAGAUAAGGGCUGUAUAUGUAGGGAUUGGAACGCAGCGCAGCACGAGGGGUCGUACGCGCAGAACCACCUGGCGUCGCGCGCUCCCCUUAUUCAAUUCAGUAUCGACCGGCUGCGAGGUAUUUUCUCGAGGAGAAAUCGAAAUUCAGGGGAUGAUGAGCAAAUAGAUUGAAGGAAGGAAUAUGAGUUCUCGUGUGGAUACCGUGAAGAUGAUGGUGAUAGUGCGAGGAUGGCAGAGAGGCUGGAUUCAUUUUGCGACUGUGUCUGCUUGAUUGGCGUUGGGACGCUCUGCCCGGUGGCGGCGGCAGUGGCGGCGUCGUCGGCGUCGGCGGCGGCGUUUUCGUGCAAAAACCAAAGUGCGCUCCAUGGUGUCCGUUCGCCAGUGUUAUGGUCACAUAGUGAAAUGACGGCGAACGUCGGUGCGACCUUCUUCGAGGGCUACAUCAUGAGAGCUGCAAUGUCGGCAUGUGAGUGGAGCGUUGUGUAGUAGUGAUUCGAUUAACAAGAUGAUGGAUAAUAUCGGAAAAAUGAUAGAACAACAAGCACUUGGGGAACAGGCGGUCGAUUCUCCUGAUGGCGGUGCGCAUGUGGUAGUUUCCGGUGGCAUGGAGACCAUCCGCAUGAGGUUGUCCCGUGCUGUCGUCGAGAGGCGACUCGUAAAACAAGAAGAAGCCGAUGGCUCGCUUUCGGUCAUCGUGCAGCCCCAUGAGGACUCCCGCGACUCGGAGCUCCUCAGUCCUGGCAAGCUGUCGCCGACUUCGGUGAGCGUUGCUAAUAUGAUUGACAGCGGGGACUACCGGACACUCCAGCCGGAGCCCACUUACCAGACACUCACCUCCGUCAACGGAAGAAUGUCUCCACCAGGUUACAGCCCGAACUCCUCGUAUGCGACGCUGACGCCACUGCAACCUCUGCCGCCAAUCUCCACGAUGUCCGACAAGUUUGCCUACGGGCACGCUAGCAACGUGACCGGUUCCUUCACGGUGAUGCAGAAUAACGGCCUCGGCAUCAACCUGGGGCUGGGGGUAAAUGUGAACGCGUCGUACACGAUGCCCAACAUGGGCAUGACUCCCCCGCACAACUAUUCCUCCCCGAACAUGGGUAUGCAGCAACAGCCCAGUCCCAUCAGCCCACAGAGUUCGUAUAGCCAGAAUGGACUACCCUCGCCGCAGAAGAGCAUGUCACCGCCGGCGUACGACUCGCCGUAUGCCACCCAGAGGGAACACAUGGGUCGGUCCAUGUCCAGCCCGCAAUUAAGUCCUCCGUCGGGAUCGUUAAACUCACCUGGUGGCUCGCUGGUCACGAGCUUCAGUGGUGCUACCCUAAAUGGCAUCGCGUUACAACAUCAUCCUUCGGCCCUUGUACAAAUAAGUCCUUGUGCAGCACCUCAACGAGACUGCUCGCCUUCUCCGCCGGUUAUCACCUUACAACAACAAGCUCAGCAGCAGCAGCAACAACAGCAGCAGCAACAACAGCAACAGCAGCAGCAACAACAACAGCAGCAGCAGCAACAACAACAGCAGCAGCAAACUCAGCUGCAGCAGUUGCCAUCAAAAGGUGUUCCGAAUACCCUUAGCGUGACGGCGAUAACCUCGGACGUGGAAGAAAUCAACACCAAAGACUUGGCGCAAAAGAUUAGUGCCGAACUGAAACGGUAUAGCAUACCUCAAGCGAUAUUUGCCCAGCGGGUGCUGUGCCGGUCACAGGGGACGCUCUCGGACCUCCUCAGGAAUCCAAAGCCUUGGUCCAAGCUCAAAUCGGGCCGCGAGACCUUCAGGAGAAUGUGGAAGUGGCUUCAGGAACCCGAAUUUCAGAGGAUGUCCGCUCUUCGACUCGCAGCUGCACAGAUACCACAACGAGGCAAUUCUGUUCUAGGCUGCAAGAGGAAAGAAGAUACCGUGAGCCAGCAAGAACAGUUACCUACACCCAAGAAGCCGAGGUUGGUUUUUACCGACCUCCAGCGUCGUACCCUUCAGGCUAUUUUUAAGGAAACGAAGAGGCCUUCGAAGGAGAUGCAGGUGACGAUCGCGAGACAGCUGGGAUUGGAGCCGACGACGGUGGGGAACUUCUUCAUGAACGCGCGGAGGAGAUCCAUGGACAAAUGGAAGGACGAGGAUCCGAAGUCGGUGGCGAACAUGAUGCAUCAGCAGAUGUCGCCGGGAAUGGAGCAUGAUGAUCCCGAUCAUGAUGUUGAUUUAGACAAUGAUGUGGACGAUCAAGAUGACGUGUUGUGACAUGCAUUACGUGAUCGCCAUUUGUUGAUGCUGUGAACGAUCUUUUUUUUACAAUUUGGUUUCAAAUACGUUUUACUAAAAACAAAACCCCCCAAACCCCCCGACGAGUGAUGGCGUUCCUAGGUUUCAUAAUGAUAUAUAGUAGAUUAUAAUGUGUAGCGUCCACCGACUUUUGACAACUUGUAUUUGACCCAAAACCGAUCCGGAUCGGGGUAUCAUUUUCGAGAACUAACAAGACAAGACGCCAAAAAAAAAAUAAAAUACAUAAUUUGAUAAGAUGAUGGAAAAAGAGCAGAAAUAACAGAUCGAUUCCAAGCACGAUACGUCCAUUGCUUCUUUACUCAAUUGAUGUCAUAUUGACACGUGAAUAUUAUCGACCGCGACGCGACUACUUACGUCUUGCAAUUACCAAAGUUCGUAUCGUGCCCGAAGUCUUUGCGUCCCAAGUGAUAUAGUUUCCAUUUAGUUCUACUUUAUUUCUUUAAAAAACUAACAUACAACCAAGAAUGAAAUUUUUUAAUAACUCUGAGUCAAGAAGCAGGAUUAUUUCUCCGAGAGUACAAUUUCAAAAAGUGUUUAUAUCGAUUAAUUUUCUAGUCAUUACGUUAGGAUUCUGGGAUAACAUUUUCAAAAAAUGACCCAGAUAAUAUGUACAU